GCGCGCGAGCGACCUCAGUGCUUGUGUUUCCCCGCAGUGUACUCGUGAGUGGAGUGGUACAGUGGAAGCUAUCCUGCUAGUCAAGGGGCUCAUCAAAGUCAACAACAUGGCUUUUUCAAAAAGUGGAACCUAACCGAAUUUGGCCGAGAAGGGAAGCGGAAAGAUACUGUCGCUAAACGUUUGGUUCCUCCUUCUUUUUUGCUCGCUUUUUCUCAAUAGAUGGUAUCCAGCGAACCGUCUCUAGCAGUGGAAGACGACUACAUCGCCAAUAAUAUGAAGGAGAUGAUUGGAGGCUGCUGCGUUUGCUCAGAUGAGAGAGGCUGGGCUGAAAAUCCACUGGUUUACUGUGACGGGCAUGGUUGCAACGUCGCUGUUCACCAAGCCUGCUACGGCAUUGUGCAAGUCCCGACCGGCCCCUGGUUUUGUCGAAAAUGUGAAUCCCAGGAGAGAGCAGCUAGGGUGAUUAAGGGGUGGAAGGGAAGAAAGGCCAAUCAGCAAGCCCCAGAUGGAGGAGGACGGUCUGCCACCCACCACAAAGAUGCGGAGGACGAGGGACUUGCCAAAAGUUUAAAAACUAUGAAUACAUGGAGGUGCGAGCUGUGUCCCCACAAAGAUGGCGCGCUCAAGAGGACAGACAAUGGAGGUUGGGCCCACGUUGUCUGUGCACUGUACAUCCCGGAGGUGGAGUUCGCCAACGUCUCCACCAUGGAGCCCAUCGUACUGCAGUCUGUCCCCCAUGAACGUUACAACAAGACGUGCUACAUCUGUGAGGAUCAAGGCCGUGAGAGCAAAGCCGCCACUGGAGCCUGCAUGACCUGCAACAAACAUGGCUGCCGGCAGGCCUUCCACGUCACUUGUGCCCAGUUCGCCGGGCUCCUAUGCGAGGAGCAGGGUUCGGAUGCGGACAACGUGAAGUACUGCGGCUACUGCAAACACCAUUACGGCAAACUGAGAAGGAGCAAAGGCCGUGGUAGUAGGGCUCAAAGCUUAAGUGAUUCUUCCUCUCACUCUUUGGAUAAACAUCAUGACAAGGACAAGAAGAAACACAAGGAAAGGGACAAACACAAACCAAGACAUAAGAAGUCCCUGGAACCGUCCCCCGCACUCGCGCCGGCUUUGAGCGUCCCCACGGAAAAGCAGUCUUACGCCAGCGGCGGCAGCGGGUCGAUCCCCACCGUGCCCACCUCCCAGAAGCGCCAGGACGACAGCUCAGGGCGCUUCACCAACGCCAACUUCCAGGAGGUGCCGGCCCACCCCGGGGGCGGAGCUAAGGAUGGGCCAGCGUCAGAGGGCAAGGGCACGUCCGAGAGCAAGGCCAAGAGGCCGGGAAGCCACAGCUCGGGUCAGAGGGGGCGCAAGUCCACCCCUGGGAAGCCGUCCCUGGCUGUGAGCAUCACUUCAGCCUCCGCCGGCCCAGCCACAUCAACGUCCAGCUCUUUCCAGCAAGGUCUUCUCCUAGGCAGCGGCGGGACCAGCAAGACGACCUCCAGUGUCUCCGGGGGGCCUCCUUCCUCCGACUUCCUGGGCUUCUCCGAGGCGGAGUUGCGUGCCGAGUCCUCAUACCCCCCACCUCCUUUCGGGGGCGGCCCCGGAAAGGCUGCCGGCGAGGGCGUGCCCUCCUCCGGAAACUUCAGCUCGUCGAUCGGUCCGGUCCCCAGCUCUGCGUCCUCUGGGGGCAAGCCGUAUGAGAGCUCCCUCCCCACGGGCGAGAUGCGCGGCAGCCUGGCCUCACUGGCCCACAAGCGCCCCCCGCCACCAUCCUCUGGCCGGGGUCUGGCGGGCAGCCAGAGCGAGGAGGCGCCAGUCAAGGGAAAGAAGCGGCGCGGCAAGUGGAGGAACCGCUAUGGACCAUGCUGGGCUCACGACGCAGUGAAGGGCGUGGAGUUGCCAUCGUCCGCCUCACCAUCCUCCUCCUCCUCCUCCACGGCUCUGGUGCCUGGUGGUGCCAACCCUGCUAGCCUGAGUGCCAACGGCAGCGGGGGCAUCCAGAAGUCGCCCUCCCUCCUCAGGAACGGGGGUUUACUGAGCCACCAUGUCAGUUCCUCCCCUGCUAGACCAGGUGCCUUCCCUGGCAGUGACGUCCUGGUGCCUUUGCCCACCGUGGUGAGCAGCCCCGGCACCCCCCUGUCCAGCGCCGAGCUACCUCAGCAGCCUCUGGGUGGCACCUCGCUGCCCAGUGUUCCGACAGCGCCCAGCACUGCCUGCACCUAUUCCAAUGCAUUAUCCGGAUCCUCCUUCAACCUUGCCCCUCCCCACAUGUUUGGGAACCGUCUGAACCCUAAUUCUGCCAUGACGACCCUCUUCGCGCAGUCCGAGGGCCCCCCUACAGACCUGGAGCUGGGGGACACCGGCUUCUCCGGAAGAAGCACUUCACCAAAGGCCAGCCUGUCUCCCCGAUCGCCCGUGAGUGGCCUGAACAUCCGCUAUGACUCCUCUGGAUUGGCGGCUCCAGGUCCAGCUGUCAACGGGGCGAGCUCUGCACUGCCAGUGGCCACCAGCAUCGAGCAGCUCCUGGAUCGACAGUGGAAUGAGGGCCAGCAGUUCCUGCUGCAGCACGGUGCUCCAGGGGUGUCCGGAGACUUGCUGGCCAUGCUCAGGUCCCUGCACCAGCUGCAGACAGAGAAUCGCCGACUGGAGGAACAGAUCCGCACACUGACCGUGAAGAAGGAGCGGCUUCAGCUGCUGAGCGCCCAGCUCGCCGUGCCUUUCCCCUCUGCCAGCAGCGCAGCCAGCACCAGCAGCACCAGCACGCCAGCGGCCUCCUCGCCGCAGCUGCCCGGUGCAGGCCUGCACGCAGAUGUGCUGAACAGCAGCAAGAGCCCUCAGCUAGGCAGCACGUUCCUUCCGGACUCCGCCCUGCCUCUGCCCCUCCCCCUGGCGGCUCAGGACAACACCCCCAGCAGCCACAGCAGCAGCUCCGCCCUCUCCACCCCCCCCUCGGUGGGCCACGGCUCCCCUCCGUCUGUGCAGCAGCAGCUGCAGGUCAAUGGGGCGCCGGGGGGUGCUAUGCAGUCUGUGGCCCCCGCAGCUGCCGCCGGGACCCUCCCUGCCAUGCCCGGCGUAACGGGACUGAUGGGGGCCAUCCAGGGGGGGCAGCUGGCCAUGAACGGCAUAGUGGGAGCCCUGAACGGUGUGAUCCAGACGUCGCCCAGCUUGGCGCAGAACACCAACACCCUCCCUCACCCCGGGGGUGUGUCGAGCAUCCCACUGACCAUCUCCAGCUCCCUUAACAACAGCAGCACCACACCUGGGAAAACCAGUGCGCCGGGACUGGGCCUCCUGUCGGAGCAGCAGCGUCAGAUCCUCCUCCACCAGCAACAGCUGCAGCAGCUGUUCUCGUCGCCACAGCCCACCCCGCAGGAGCAGCACCAGGCCCUGAUCUAUCAGCUAAUGCAGCAGCAGCAACAGCAGCAGCAGCACGACCUGCAGCAACUUCAGCAUCUGUCCUCCUCCCAGCUGCCUGUCAACAGCCUGCUGCCCACAGCUCAGAGCACCAUCACUACCAACCCCUUCCUGGCCAUGCACACAGAAGCUUCCCAAAAGGCCGCCCGCCUGGCCGAGAAGGGCGGCGUGGUCACCGGCCAGGAGAAAAGCUGACCGAGCUGGGUGCGUCUCCCUGAGAGCAGCUCAUCACCCAGCCCCUUCUCGGAGACCAAGGACAGAGAGCAGGGGUUUGCCACGGAAACUGCGAGGGGUGAAGACCGUCGUCAGAAACAUGACGACACUUUGUUGCACUAAAAUCUUCAGGGACUGCAGAAAUCUGGCGAGAUGAAAUGGACGCCGAGUUUGUGUGAGAGAACGGAGGUGUGUGUGUGCGCUGCCUUGGGGCAGGGCUGGCCCGAGGCCUGACAGGAAGGCGGCGGCAGGCGGGAAUAGCCACACUCCGAUCCUCCUUGGGGCCAAGAAGGCACUACGCUAUCUUUUGUACUGAGUGUGUGUUAAAAUGCAGUGGGUUUACUGGGCGGCAGAGCUGUCUGACGGCUACGGCCUCAACGAGCACAAGCCGGCCUCCGUGGGCCGUCCAGCCACGUGUAAACCAGUAUGUUUAGCGGUCUGUAGCUCGGGGGAAGCUGUGUGGUUCGGUGGCUUUGCUGUCCAUCUGUGGUUACCUACAACCCCGAUUCUUCACCACCACUACCAGCAUUCUUUAUUAUUCAAGAGUCAUGAAGCUCAAAACGAUACAACCCACUGCAUGUUCAAACCUACUCUGCCUUCAGCCGGAAGGUCAUGCUGGAGGACCUUGCGCUACGUUGAAGAAUCUGCAGAUGAAUGCUGUUAAUUUAUUAGUUCUGUUCAGGUGAGCUGAAGAUGUUUCUGUGAAGUGCUCAAUCCAGUCUAGCAUGGAGGACCUUUCCCACUGCUGUCCAAAACGACACUUUCACAGACAUCUUCGGUCAUAUCCUACAGGUUUUAGACCCUGGAUUUGUAAACAGAACCUGUAAGCAGUUGAGGCCAAAGCUCCAUCUGGCCUUUGUAAAUAGCUCGUCUCUGUGUUACACGGAGCUGGAGCCGCUGUUCGGGUCGUACUGAGCCUUAAAUUGCACAGUUUUACCUCGUUUGUGUAAAUAAGUGUCCGUAAGUGUCUCCAUGUUGUGAAGAUGCAGACCUUUUUUGCGUUAUUUUCUAUCAGCCAUGCAAGCAGUGACUGGACACAAAGUAUUUAUUUUUUAAAUAAGCAGGGAAAUCUUACAACUCUUGCACCAUUUUCUACUUUGGCCCCAUUUCCUUGCCAGGUGGAUCAGUUUUUUGUACAGCAUUUAAGACGAAUCUCAAAGGUAUAUAUUUCAGAAUAACGCAAACUUAUUUAUGUUUGAAGAAAAACAAGUGAACAACAGAAAAAGACCCGUCGAUUUAUACUGUUUGUAGCAGGAACCUGAUAUAUUAAAGUUCUUUAUGUAGUGUGAA